UUCUAUCACACACGCAGCAACAAAUGCAGGAGAAUUCGACCAGUGUAGCAGCAGCCUAAUUAGCAGUCAGUCUCAACAUACACAAAGAGAAAAGCAAGAUUUUCCGAUACAGUACGACAUGCAACAAUCGAGUCACACUUGACGCAGAAGAUUUGGAUGGCGUAAAAACCUCAACAUAUCUAGGCAGCAUCAUUGAUGGUGAAGGGCGGAUCUGAUGCAGAUGUGAAGGAACGGAUCGGCAAAGCAAGAACAGCUUAUCUACAAUUGAAGUACUUCUGAAACACAAAACAACUAUCUGUCAACCACCAUCAAAGUCAUCAUUUCCAACACAAGUGUCAAGACAGUUUGUUCUAAUGAAUAAGGUGAGAACUUGGAGAAAAACGAAAGCCAUCAUCCAGAAGAUACAAGUGUUUUUUAACAGCUGUCUACGCAAAAUACUUCGGAUCCGUUGGUCAGACACUAUCAGCAACAACGUACUGUGUGAGAGGACAAAUGAGAUUCCAAAGGAGCAAGAAAUCAGGAAGUAGAGCUGGAAGUGGAUGGGAUGCAUAAUGAGGAAAGCAUCCAACUGUGUCACAAGGUAAGCUCUCACAUGGGAUCCUCGUGGCCAAAGGAGGAGAGGAAGACGAAAGUACGCAUGACACUGAGGAAGUAAUCACCAAAAAACCCAUUAGAUUUACUUCAUCAAACAUGUGAACGACUACUCAAUGAAUGUGCUGAUCGUAAUAGAAAACCAUUGAAAUUUCGUUUUAUUGAAAUUCAUUCAAUGGAUCAUAAUUGGAAUUAUAAUCAACGAAACAAAAUGAAUACUAGUGUCAAUGAUUUAGAUAAAAUCAAUACGUUUAAUAUUGAUAAUCAAAAUGAUCCAUCGAAAUGUUCUAAUGAAAUUCUUGAUUAUUCUACGAAACAAAUGAAAUAUCCUUAUUAUACAUCAAAUACAUCAAGUUCUUUAUGUUCAACAACAUCAUCGACUUUACAUAAUUCUUUUACUACUUACCCUUUUUCAUGUUUCACUUCAUCCGCCUUUAAAUUGUCGAAUCUUCCCUCGAAUUCUUUGAAUGAUAUUUUAAUUGCAUUACAACAAGGACUGAUCAAUCCAGAUACCUUAUUAUUAUUAUUAUUAUUAUCAUCAUCAUCAACAUCAUCAAAUGUUAACACCACUCAGCAACAAUCAAUCUCUUCAUAUGUGAUUCCAACUACACAAACGCUAAAACAAGACAACCCUACAAAUGAAACGUACUUUGAAUAUUUAAAGUUACUUACAAGUUUCUUAAGCUAUUUGUCAUUGUUGAAAUGCCUUAAUACUUCCAAUACAACAGAUUGUUCUAAUAUUUUGAAUGGUAAUAGAAGUGGGACAUCAGAGGAGGAAAGUAAUCUAUGAGUGAAUAGGAUCAUUCCAUGUUUGUUUUGUAUCUUUUUAUAAUGUAAAACGUUUUAUAUUAAGCAAUAUUAUUAUUAUUAACAUUAUUUUGUAAACAAUUUUAUUUACGUUUUAUUUUUAUAAAUUAUUUACAUACUACU